AUGUAUUAUUUGAGCGCAUCCACAUGGUUAGGAAGAGUCUUGUGAAGCACUGCUAACAGAGUCAGCGCCUACAUGCUAUAUUGUGUUGGGCUUCAUUAACGACCCAGAGUAAUUACUGGAAGCUACUUUAGUUACCUUGCGACCUACCCGAUGAAUCAGUUUGGACAGCAUCAGUACCCUCCACCAGAGUUAGGCGGUCCGCCACCUGGACCGGUGCCGAGACCGCCGUUCUUUGGUGGUCCGCCUCCUCCCGAUCCCUGGAAUUGGUACCCGCCCGGACCCCCGGACACGUGGGGCUGGUUUGGGCCCGGGCCAGGUGGAUAUCCUCCUGGGGGAGGUUGGUAUGGACCGCCCAUACACCAGAACCCUGAGUCCUAUCAACAUAACCGAAUGUAUGAUCAACAACAGAGGCACUUCAGACAGGAGUUUGUGACACAGCCGGCAUCAAACGGGGGUACAGGACUGAAUCAGGCUGGCGGCGAGAAAAAGAAAAAGAAGAAAAAUGAGCCUGUAUUCACACACAACUGUGAUUCGUGUGACCGGGGUUUCAAAAACCAGGAGAAGUAUGAUGAACAUGUGUCCCAGCAUGUGAAGUGUUCGGCAGCAGGGUGCAAUUUUACUGCACACGAGAAGCUGGUCCUUAUCCACUGGAAAAACAUGCAUGUUCCGGGAUCAAAAAAAAUUCAACUCGAUACACCAGAGGAAAUUGCAAAAUGGAGAGAGGCGAGAAAAAAAAAUUAUCCAACUUUACAAAAUAUUGAAAGAAAGAUGAUGGUGAAACAAGAAAAGGCAGAAAGAGGAGAAGUGCUGACCACUGUACAGUUUGGUAAAAUGAAGGGUAAAGGAAUGUGGAAGCCUCCUAAUGAGAAGGAGAAGAAUAUGCCACCAGCAAGGUUUCACAAGAUCCAGAGGGAGACCAGAACUUCCAGUCACCCAGAGAGUGACAGAGAGCCCAGGAACCCCAGCAUAGAGCCCGCGCAGGGCAUGGACCCCCUCGGGAUGCUGGCAAACAAUGAUGCCGAGUCAGACAAGGACGAACCUGCCAGAAUCACUGUGGUCCCGAAGCAGAUGACCUCUGGUCUGGGCUCACUCAUUGCAAAUUAUGGGACUUUAUCUGACAGUGACAGCGACCAGGCACCUGUAGAAAUGCCUGUCAUGAAAGUGGCUCAAGCUCUAGAGGAAAACCAGGCUCUCUUGUGCAGAGCUGUGGAAGGUUUGAGUAGUUUGGUGCAGAGUGGAGGCGGACAGAGCGUAUCGGAAAGAAGAGACUGGGAAGCACCUCCGUGCAAAAUGACUCGUCAUAACAGGAGUCGCAACCGGCCAAGGAAGGAGUGCUCCCAACAGAGAGGGCAGCGUAGACCAACUCUGCUGGAAAUGUUGCUGGCACGUGACGUACGGCAUGAGAGGAAUGUGAUCUUGCAGUGUGUGCGCUACAUUGUUCAACAUGACUUCUUUGGUCUGGAUUCAAAGACAAAGCAAGCCGAGGAAAUUAACCAAGCACGGGUUGCUGAAGCUGCCAAUGACAUGUCUUCAGGAGAGUGUGGAGAGCAUGAGGUGGUCCUGAUGGCUUGGUCAAUGCCUGCUUCAGAGUCUGAAGCUACAGUAGAAACUGUGUCUUCAGGAGAGCAUGAUGGGAAUGAGGAGGUGCUGGCGGCUGGGUCAUUUCCUGAUCCGGAGAUUGAAGCUACAGCAGAAAAUGCGCCCUCUCAAGUACUACCGGUGUUCUCGCAGUUUGUAGAUGAUGAGAUUUGGGAGAUACCUGCAGCUGCUCAGGAAGACUGUUCAUUGUGAGAUUUCAACAGACUGAUAAAUGUGAACAUUACUAAGUUAUGUGGAUGUUACCUUUUUUCUUCUUUCUUUUGAGUGUACUGUACCAGUCAUUAUGAAAACACAUAUUUUAAGUAAACCUUAUCAAUGAGGGGAUUCCAUAAUUCCUCAAACCAGUUCAGUUAUUUGCUUCUGAGUACUUUGCAUUCAUUUGAAAUCCUUUUUUAGUUGUUAUGGAUUUCAACACCAUCUGGUUUGUCUCUUAUUUUAAAGUCACAUGACAGUCGUAUGAAAAAUACACAUAAUAAACCUAGUUAUCCAUGUAUGAAAGAUAUUUUUAGAAUCUAUUUGCUUUGCUUGUGGUCAUAACACUGUUAAACAUUCAGCCUAGUUAUCUUUUGAGGAAUUCAUAUUUUUUUUGAGGGGGGGUCGGUGAUGUGACUGAAGGGUGUCUGGCUAGACUUUCACUGUAAAAGAUUUUGCGAAAUAUUUCAUCUUCUGAAGCCAGGGCUCCAUCUGUUGCUCCUGCUGCUGCUUCCCAAGCUCUGGGUGAUUUGUGAGAAAUUCUUCUAACCACGCUCAAAUUGGACUGCAGUUCUCUUCAUUCCAGCUGGGCUCUCUGUAAAUAGCUGGGCUAUCAGUUGUGGGCACAGCUGCUCAAUGAUGGCCUUGUAGAAUUUACAAGCAUGUCAGUGACGAUCGUCCUGCUGCCUAGCUGUAAAUUCAUAAUUAGAGCCAACAGCAACAUGACAAGAUCUAGGCCUAUAUCAUGGAAGUGUGGGAAUCCCACAAUUUUCAGACAGCCCAACCCCCCCCCCCCUUUUUUUUUUUUUUUUUUUUUUUUUUUAAUCAUAAAGAGCGCUCCACCCAAAUAAAAAGUGAAAUAGUGUCAAUUACAACUUAAGUCAAGCAAGGAAAUGAAAGACUGUUCCGCCUGCUUUGCUGAGCAAACAAAUCCUGUUCCGCACCCAGCUGGGAAGAGGCAUUUCAGAGACCAUUAAUUCAGGUAAUAAGCCAGUCCGAUCCGAGAAAGCAUGAGCUACUACUUCAGAUUCUGCAGUUUAAUCCUGCCUGUAGCUGUGAAGCAACUUUCAUUUAAGAAUUAAAAAUGCAAUUAAAGCUUGUGUUAGUUAAGGUGUCGUUUGCUACCUAACAGUGUUGUUCUGUGUAAUAAGUUUUACCCCAUAACAUUUGUUAGGCUGCUAAAAUUAUAUUGUAAGUGUCAACCAAUAAAGUAAGGAAAGCACCUUAACAGUCUUGAGUGUGAAAUAGCUAAUCCAACAGUUCUGCAUUUGGACUUUGUAAUGUGAGCAGUCGUGACAGCUGGCCUUGCAUGUUGGCACAACUAUGACAUUGUUCAGACCUGCUGACAGUGCAGGGUCCAUAUUGUUUCCUAGAGUGAUUUUUGCAUCGGAAGGAUAAAAGAAAUUCCAAUGGCAUACACAUUCAAUUCCGCAAGUAACCUUCUGCAUGUGUUCUUCAUGCACGUAGAAAUGGAUUAUGCAUGGUGCUUUGUACCACAUUGGUUUGCCCACCUCUCCCCUAUUUACACAUUUAGAUUUUUAAAAAAAACAUUUUAUACUAUUAUAUUAAAUCAAAUUAAUUGUGUAGAAGAAACCUAAAACAAUAACAACAACAAAAAAAAAUCUUUUGACUACAUGCCUUCAGCAGUAGGUCCAGCCUGCUAAUAAGACCACAUUUGGUUGGUCCUUUGGCCUUAAGUGAGGUUUUACUGUAAACCGGAACACAAACCCUGCCUGUGUUGUAAUGCUAGAAGUGUGCAUGUCCUCAAAGCGAGCAGCGGUAUCGUGUGUUACUGUCAUUAUUAUUCCUUUGGCAGGAGGCGUGUAACGCAUGUGUUGGGAUGCUGGUUUGAUUUGUUGCUACUCUCUUGAAGAGAAUAAGGCGUUGCAGCAUGUUUUAUUAGUAGAUUUCUGAGAUGUUACAUUUUUUUUUGUGGAUUGGAUUUAUAUGUCUUAAUUACAGGUUAGAAAUCUGCAAUUCAAUGUAAUAUUAUUUAACUUCUUUAUUUUUUAAACCUAGUUUAGCAGUCUGAAAUAUGUUAUACUUUUCUACCGACCCUGACUAAAACAUGUACUUAUCCAAUGUAUGACCUAAAUAUAUUCUUGUUAGGCAGUUGCUGUUUUUUUCAUUACUUGAAUCAUGCUUUGUUCUUAAUCACAUAUACUGAGUGACAUUUGCCACAGGAAACAUCUCCACUAUAAUUCACUGUGCUGGAAAAAGGUCUCUUUUGUACCAGCUGCUCCUUUUAUAAGGAGGAAAGUAACUGCAAAAUGUUAACAGCAACUUUUUGACUACUCAGAGAUGUUGCUUGAUGUUUCAUGUGCUUGAGACAGGUGUAGAAUUUGCAUCCAUUCGCUACGCAUUUCCGUGGCAAGCGUUAUCCAUGUCCCUGGCAGUGUAUGCGUCUAACACAUACAUGC